AUGUUGAAAACAGAAAUUAAUCUUCUUAAACAUACAGAUAAUAUACCGAAAGGCGAGAAGAAUAAAUGUGGUGAUUGGAUAAAUUGGCUUACACAAUCCAACUGUGGAAGGGAAACUAUAUUUUGUAAUGUUAUUAAAGCAUUGAAAACAUUUAUGAUUAUACCAGUAACGAGCUGUGCUUGCGAGCGUUCAUUUUCUAAACUUAGUAUUGUGAAAACCAAGUUACGCAGUACCAUGACACAGGAUCGAUUGGACGGCCUGCUUACUGUAUUCAUUGAGCAAGAACUUGCUUAUAAUAUAAAAAUUGAUGAUGUAAUUGAUACAUUCAAAAACCUUACUCCCGUGGACAGAAGGAUGGAGUUGUAA